UAUUUACCUCUCAAAAGCUUUUCUUAGAACCGUUGAUACUUCAUAUUAUCUUUUACCUGCCUCUUGUUAGUGACUGUAUCAUUAACACGAUAGCCUAGAUGAUGCCGGAAAAGCAAAGGCAUCCGACGGGACAGGAACAAAGUCCAGCUUCGAUCCAAAACUCAGGUCAAGGCAAGUUUGAAGAAAUCAUCAUAUACGAUGAACUGAGGAAACAAUUGGAGCAUGUUUCCCUAGCUCUGUUUAAAGAACUAAUCCGGCGUUUCGCAUGGCGCAAAAUCGACUGGAGAAAGUUGUUUCUUGCCGGUGCAGUUAUGUCAAUAGCUGGGAUAAUACUCCCAACCUUUUUGCUUGCUUAUCACCAUAACAGCCGGUUCGAAUCUCCGAAUGGUACCAUGCAUUUGAGCAAGAACUUGACAGAGGCAAGGUUGGAUAAGUCUCAGCUUGUUACAAGUGCUCCCUUUGUUUCACUGAAUUCAUCUAUCGAAGCUAAAGAAAGCGCUAGAGUUCUUCGUAUGAGGCAAAACAGGAGGAAAACGAUUGAUGUACUAAAGGUUGUACAUCCUCCCCCUCGUAGAUCGGUGCCCCGUCACUUACAGAGAUACCUUCAGUCAUUAUCAUCACAUGAGGCUCUUCUUUAUGCUAAAAGGGAAAUCGAGCAUGCACCAUUAGUCAAGAACGUAGGCAAUGAUUCUUAUCUGUACGCUCCUGUAUUUCAAAAUAUUUCGAUUUUCAAAAGGAGCUACGAGUUGAUGGAGAUGAUACUUAAAGUCUACAUUUACCGUGAUGGAAAGAAGCCCAUUUUUCAUCAACCUCGUUUGAAUGGUAUUUAUGCUUCUGAAGGAUGGUUUAUGAAGUUAAUGGAGGCAAACAGGGAAUUUGUUACAAAAGAACCAGAAAAGGCUCAUUUAUUUUAUCUGCCAUAUAGUUCACGCCAGCUGGAGUUGGCACUUUAUGUCCGGAACUCGCAUAAUCUCAGACCACUUUCAAAGUUCCUAAGGGACUAUGUGAACGUGAUAGCCUCAAAGUAUCCCUUUUGGAACCGUACACAUGGAUCUGAUCAUUUUCUUGUUGCUUGCCAUGAUUGGGGUCCUUUCAUAACCACGGAGCAUGUGGAACUAAAAGAUAACGCCAUAAAAGCUCUAUGCAAUGCUGACCUGAAAGAGAAUUUCGUUGCUGGAAAGGAUGUUUCUUUACCAGAAACUGCCAUAAGAAUUGCCAAUAAACCUCUUAGAAAUAUCGGUGGUGGGAUCCGAGUUUCGCAGCGCCCGAUCCUUGCUUUCUUUGCUGGAAAAAUGCAUGGAAGGGUCCGUCCCAAACUUCUCAAGCAUUGGCUAAACAAAGAUGCAGACAUGAGAAUCUAUGGUCCUUUAUCGCGUCGAGUUUCUAAAAACAUGAGUUAUGUUCGGCAUAUGAAAUCGAGUAAAUAUUGUAUAUGCCCUAUGGGAUAUGAAGUGAACAGCCCUCGGAUUGUGGAGGCUAUAUAUUACGAGUGCGUGCCAGUGAUUAUUGCAGACAACUUUGUCCUACCUUUAAGUGAAGUCCUAGAGUGGAAAGCAUUUUCUGUGACGGUGGCUGAAAUUGAUAUUCCGAAGCUAAAGGAAAUUCUCUUGGCUAUUCCGUUGAAAAGGUACCUGCAAAUGUUAAUGAAUGUGAAGAUGGUGCAGAAGCAUUUUCUAUGGAAUCCAAAUCCAAUGAGAUAUGAUCUGUUCCACAUGAUACUCCAUUCUAUAUGGUAUAACAGGCUGAACCAAAUCCAAAUUCCUCAGUCCUAGCUAGCUUUGAUAAAUGGGAACAUUUUGCAACAAAGAUGGAUAGCUCCA